GUCUGCUAUUAUUGCAGAAAUUCGGGGGCCACAGGCCUGGGAUCACUCUGCACUGUCCAGAAGCCCUGUACCAUUCCCACAAUGCUUUUCUAGUCACCCGGCACAGGGCUUUUUAUUUCAAGCACACUUUCUUCACACCCUUCCCAAUGUAGUGCUGCACCUUUCUCACUUAUUAUAUACCCUGGGGCCCCAGGCUUGCAUAUCAGAUAUCCUGCUCUCUAGAUAGGCAGCAGUUCAGUGGGUACCAGGCAGGAGUUUAGCGCUAGCAGGGAUUGGAGCUGGACUCUUGUCUGUUAUGUCCCUCCUGCCCACCAACAUCUAGUUCAUGUGGGUGCAACAUGUGAACUUCCUGAAAGCAUCUGUAUGGAGCUGCAUGGGCUUAUCCACAGAAGGAAGCAACAGAUGGGAGCACACUGGGAUACAUACAGAAGGUUAGAUGGUCACCCUCGUGCCUUAAUAAACAAUCAAAACAAUGGAUUUUGGAAGCUGGAAUGUGUGUGAGCAAACUGCGGUUCUACAGGGUGCAUUUUUAUUGGCUGAAAAACUUUGCCAUCCAAAAACAUUGCUGGAGGUAAAGAAGUCUGACUGGCCCCUUAUUCAAAAACCAAUCACAGAGGCCUUCAAGGAAAUAAGCUCAGGUCUUCCACCUCAACAUCAAGAAUGGCGGAGAAGAGCCAUUGCUAUACUUUGGGCCAGAACACUUUGUUGCACGCCAGAUCUGACUUCCGUUUCACACUUUGACAUAGAUAGGAAAUGGAAAGAGGAUGUUUUCUUUCCAGUGGAAAACAUGAUCCCCAAAAUAAGUCAAACUGUACUCUUUGAACUGCUCAAAACAAUGAAAGCAGCAGACAUUUGUGCAGAAUUGCUGUUGGCACUUCCAGUUGGCAUUUGGGCUGAAGGGGCCACCUCACUACUUCAGCAUAUUUGUGAAGAGACUUCAGUAGAGGAUGUUGAUUUUUUUUUAGAUGUCUGGUGGGAGGUAAUGAAAAGCAAGAGUGAUGAGCAAAAUGAAACUCUUGUGUUAUUUUCCUCUGUGGUUUCCCAGUACUUACCAAAGUCUAGUGAUGAACCAUCACAGAGCGCCAAAAGAUUUAAGUCAGAUCCUGAACAGACUUUAAAUCAAGCCGAUAAUAUCCUUGCUGUUUUUCUAGAGGGGCUUCAUAAAAUGAAACAGUGUGUUGCUACCAACAAGCUGAGGUGCUUUACUAUUGCAAAUCUAGCUGAAAUGUUAUGCUCCUCAGCCUUUCUCGAAAAGGAGUCUGAGCUUCUGCCCAUAAAAUCAUAUUUAGAACAAUUUGCAGUAGUGCUUUCCUUCUGUGAAAAAGGAUCCAGAGAUGUUGAUAUGAUUAGAGUAGCAGAAAGGAUGGUGCAGAGCGGAAGCACAUCUUCAAGAUUCCGCUUACUACGAGGUGCUCAGCAUUUUGGUUUAAGCCUUCUCAAAGACCUUCUUUUUCAGUGGGGGGAGGAGUUAAUUCAUUAUUUGAAUAACAACAAAGUAGUUGGCUAUGUAUGUUACAGGAUGAGACACAGCCUUGCAUCUUUGCAUAAAAUCUUGAGAACGUUAGAAGAUUCUGGUACCUACCCUGAAGAACAAAGAGGGGAUGUACUGGAAUUGGCACACUGCAUUACAAGCUUUCAAGAGAAAACCACCCAAGUUCAACAUGGAUGUCCUUCUAAUGCUAAUGAAAUGAUGGCUUUUAUUGCCAUGAAAAUUAUUGAGAAUAAAAUGGACCGUUUCAAAGAAGUUUGUUCUGUCUUCGCCUCAGAAGUAUCCUGGGCCUUCUCAAAUGACUGGUUAAAUUGUCUUGAGAAAAACAAAGCACAUUUUCAGGACCCUGCAAUGGUAUUAAAAUUGCUGGAUCUCAUAGUAACAGUUACUGCUUUACAAAGUAAUGUGGAUAUUGGAUCAGUACGAAAAGGCGCUGAUGUCACAUUAAGCAUUUUUUCAGAACUUUCACUGUCUGAGAAGAAUGAAGUGCUGAAAGAAGUUUUAUCCUUAUGGGGCAGAAAAGGGCUUUCUCCAUCUAUCAAAGCAUUUACUGACAGUUUCCAAGAUGAACUUAAUAUAACAUUCAACCAAAUUUCCCAAAGCCUUUCUGAUUACAGUGCUGCUCAGGCCGUUUCAAAGGUGUCUAAACUGGCUUUGCUGAACCCGCAAGCAGUAGUAAAGAAAGCCUGUCAUUUUGCAGUGGUAAAUGUUGGUGCUCAUACAUUUUUAGCCAAGAUAUUGAGCUCCCUUCCAGCUUUAUGCUUUAAGUGUCCUAAUAAUUCAGAAAAAACAGUCUCUCUGUUGUGUGAGUGCCUGAUGGAAACCUGUUGGGGUAAGUUGUCUUCUGAUAAGGAAGAGAGGCAGUUUUUAGCCUUACUAGCCUUUCUGAUGGAAUCUUCAGAAGUAAAUGAUAAGGAUUCUUCUAUCCAACUUCUCCAGCCAGCUGAAGUCAUACAAACAUUUGUUCUCCCGUACAUUUUUGACGAAUAUGCUAAUGUUGCGUUAUGCUUGCACAUACUUCAUAAGGCUUUUAAUGUUCAGAAUCCUGAGGAUGAAUCUGGAAAACAUUGGGUUUUAUCCUGUUCCCCGUUUCCACUUAUUAUGUCAUUAUGUAAGCUUCUUAAUUCCUACACAAAAUGCUGGCAACUUUCUGAGAAUUCACAUUGCCUUACACUGGGCUCCAAAGAGUUAAUCAUUGACAUUCUUACACUGAUCAUUAAUGCAGUCAUGCCCGAGGCUGGAAACAACUCUGAAACGUGGAACAAGUCACUCUUCUGGUUGCAUAAAAAAAUGGAAAACUUGGAUUGGGUUGUAUGUUUGAGGCUAAAACCAAUAUUUGGAAAACACUUUAAAAACGAAGUCCCAUCUUCAUUAUUUGACGUUGGCAAACUGUCUGAGAGGGAAUGGGUUCCUCUUCAGCUACCCGAGUAUGGACCAGGCACAGGUCUUAUGGCAUGGCUGGAAUGUUGCUGCAUAUCUGCAGAAAUGAAAAACCAAAUGCUUUCUCUUCUCUCUGUCAACAGCAAAGACCCUGAGGAGGUCAACCUUUUUAGUAAAGGUUUUCUGGUGGCAAUGAUCCAAGUUCUACCAUGGUGUAGCUCAACAGAAUGCAAGCUUGUUGCUGAGGUAGUGAGACAUCUCCUUAAAAGACGACUCCUUCAUGUACCCUACACUCUAGAAUAUGUACAGCAUAUGCCACUUUUGAAUCUGCGACCAUUUGCUUAUAAUCUCCAGUUCUCUGUUCUUCUUCUCAGAGGCUUUCAGCUUCUAUGUAGUUCUAGUUGUUCUGAUUGGCUACCUUUUGAAGGGCACAAACACAUUGCAAGGCUUUAUACUAACUGCAUAUUUGAUAUAUUAGAGGCUGUCAAGCAGCAGAUAUCAGGAAAUAAAAAUGAGACCCAGACAGAAAGGAAAGAACAGGACUAUGUUCAGGAGGCUUCCUUCUUUUAUAUGCAGGUAUUCUGCCAUGUUCUUCAUAUUAUAGCAAUGAUGCCGGACAAUACAUGUGAGCCGCUUUAUGUACUUUCACUUGAGAUUCUGUCCCUGUAUGAGACUCUAAGGGCAAGUGACACUUCAACAGACAGUUUUCUCAGAAGAGCUAACGAGAGGCAUUUCUUGAAAUCCAUUACUGAGAAUGUAAGUGAUGAGCACCAUCGCACAACUCUAAUGCAAAAAAUUAAUAAAUUGUAGAGAAAAACUUCCAGUGUGAGGAAAGAAACGUUUUUGAAAAAAACAGUGGUACAUGAAACCUUUAUCUAGCUGUAUAUUUAAUAAAUAUUAACACCUAAAAAUAUAAGGAUUAAGUACCCCCUAGUUCAAAAAUUUAUGGCUAUUAAGUCACCAAGGAGCUGCAGUACUUUUAUUGAAGUCAUAAAAAUAUAUGACACAAAUAACAUUUGUAAGAAUUUGUAUUACAAGUUAUUGGAUAAGUACUAAAUUCUGCAUUUAAUAAGAAAUUUAAACAAAUCCCAGACUAUUUAUUUCAGGAUUGAGAUACAUCUUGAGAACCUGGCCAAAUUGUAUCUGAACAUUUCAUUUUUUGCAUAUGGUGGAGUAGGAACAGGAUUAGGUGAAAUCUUUUGUGGCUAAUUCAGUAAGUCAUACUUUUUUCAGUUUUAACUUAGUAUAGAAUACUAUUUUUUUUUUUUAGUUGAAAUGUAAUAUCUUUCUUUAUACGACCUGUUCUGCUGCGUAAUUGCUUAGACCAAUGCUACACAGAGCAUAUUCUCUGCCUGGGCACAGGUACACACAGUGAAAUUUGGCAUGAAACUGCUUGUGUGUGAGGAUAAACACAGGCUCAGCCCCAUGUGGCACUGGCCUAAUACAAGGGGAAAUUGCUUCCAACCAGUUUUAAACUACAAAAGCAGGCAUAAUUUACCCAGGUAUGUACAAUAUAGCAUAAUACAGAAAUCUGAAAAUAGCAUUUUGUACAAACAUCUUGUAUUUAAGCCAUCAAUGCUUAAAUAGAUAAUAUGCUCCUCUACACUUUUUGACAUGAGCUUAUUUAUUUUGUUUUUUUAUUUAUUACAUAUUGCUGCUGUAAGUACCGGUUCCUAACCGCUUACAGCUAUCCAACCCCUCCCUCACCUUGUUUCUUAAAGUGAUAGAUUAUAGCAUUUUAAGUCCUUCUGCUUUAUAGAGGGGAAGUUCAAAAAUUCUUUGAAAAGUAGAGGGAGUCCAAGUCACAGAAUCCAUCACUUCACAAUGGAACAGGACGAAGGAGGGGUUGCAUUACACUUUUUUUCAAAAAGCGGGAUAUGUUUUCCUUAUAUAGUCUGUAAUCAGUCUAAGAGGAUUCAUUUUAUAUUUAAUAUACUAAUAUAAAACCAUGGCUUGCCUUUUCCUUACUUGCCUGACGAUGGGUGGGUUGCAUUCUCCUGAAACGUUGAUGCACGGUUGGUCAUCUCCCUGACUGCAUAAAUAAGCGUGGGUGUCACUCCUUUAAUAUCACUAUAGUCUUAUUGUGGACCUUGCCUGGUUUAAAAGGAAGCUAGCACCAGUAGUCAGUUAAGACAGUGGGUGUGCAGCAUAUAUCCUCAUUGCCUGUUUCCUACCCAUUAUGGGAUUUGCAAGUUAUAAGAUAAAUAUAACCAUUAGUAUGAUCUAUAUCAGUUUUACUUAUACUGAUUCACAUGUGCCUUUUUUGUUUUAAUGUGUUUAAACAGACUGUUUUUUGACCAGAAAUUCUGUGUAAUACUUUCAUAUAGUUCCAAAUUCAAGGUGUAGGACAAGUAAAGAAUGAACAGAAAAGCACUUUGUUUUUUAAAGUAACGUAGCAUGGAGUAAUAUAUUGCAAUAAUGGUACAGUUAUGGGUCACACGCAUUACUUUUAUACCAGCUAGAUCUGAGCCAUCCUGGGCUGCUAUGUGUGCUUGGAGCCCUAUUUGCAUCUUAAUAAAUAAGGGUUUCCUUGUUAGCAGCUGCCUUGUCUCUUUCGGAGUGCUCUCAGACCCUGCACUGUUUUUGCUAGUUAUUAUCUGCAAAUUCACAUCAUACUGUAUCGGAAAUUUGCAGAGUUUAUUUCUCUAGUGAGAGCACCAGGGGGUAUAAUGUUAUGUUAGCACUGAAAAAAAUACAAAAAAAUAAAAGAUUUAAUAUAGAUGCA